GUGGCGCGGUCUUCUCGAAUUUGAAUAUCCAAGUUGUCGGUCACUCGCAAACUACCACCUCCAGUGUGCUUCCUUACUCAGACAGCUUGCAUUAUCCUCUGGCAUCCUGUCAAUACUUGCACCCAGAGCACUGUGCUGCGUAAGGAAUGCAACCUGACGAGAUUCCGAAUGGCGAGACCGCGGCGAACGACUCGUCUAGCACAGACGCUCAAUAUACAACAGGAGACGCUCUGGUCACCUCUGCAGAAUUGCGUCUCGAGAGGUUGCGACUCAACGACGCGCUUUCCGCUCGAGACGCGGUCGUAGAACACCUGACGAAAGCUUGCAUCUCGAUCCGGCAGAAAUCAGAUACUAUCAACAAGCUAGAACAUGAGAAGGCCGACCUGGAAACUCAGCUCAGUCGCCAGAACGGACACGCAUACAAUACUGGCGGCAGAGCGGACCGCGCAGCAGGGGAGAGGGUGUUUGCCCAGGUACAGGUCGAAGUGGGAAACCUGGCGGAGAUCUUCCGGAGGCUGGAAGGAGAAAAUCGACAGUUGAAGGCCCAAGUCAGUGGCGAACAACUCAGCACAUCUCAGCAGACGAAUGUUGCACCGGCUCGUCCUUCCGAUUGGCAAGUAUCGCUGCACAAGAUUCUGCGUUCGGUCUUGCCACCCCCAAGAAACCCGGUCACUCCCGGUGUACCGAGUGACGGACAAUCUGCACCAACGACAACUCCAGCUAGCUCGCACUUGUUUGCGGACUCUCCGACUACACGGCCCCAAGCCGCGCAAAUUCAUACCGCGGGAACUCUGCCUGCUCCGGUCACUGCGCCUCCCGACGAUAGACUGCAUGCAAGGAAUGCAGUUUUGGCCGCCCUUCCACUGACCUCCGACGUGCCUGUGGAUGUCCUGAAGCCAAUUGUCAUCCCGUCUCAGUUCACGUUCCAAGAUUUCGUAACUACUUUACCCGUCGCGUUGCGGCAACAGAUAGGUGGCUAUCGUCUACUGCAAGAGAACGCCACGUUCUGGUGCACCGAGCGAGAGGAGCAUGGUUAUUUCCUGACACCUCUAUUUAAGUGUACAACCAAUCCGCGGGUAACCACCGUUCAUCGAUGGAUCGCUGUCGACCUGGGACCACAGCUCAACAAGACAACCGAGUGCUUCUACAACAAGGAUGGACUUUGGUACUACACCGGCCUCUACAAGACAUUAUGGCUCGACGAGCUCUCGCCCGCAGAAUGGGGGAGCUUGUCGAGUGAGACUACACAAGCCCUCGUCAAACAGACUCUCACCGCGCGGAAGAACACCGCCCCCCAGAACGUGUACGAAACUGGCCAACUCUACACCGCAGGCGCGCUUCGUGUGGCAUGCAUCGGCCUACAAUGCGUCGGGUUCAGCCACGCCGUCUACUCGCAGGUCAUGGAAGCCGCCGAGCGGUGCACACAAACGGGGCGCUGGAGGAGUACGCAAGCUGCAACUGGGAGUGGGGCUGCUACCGGACCAGGCUCGUUCUGGACGCCGCCUUCGCCGAAGCUCUCUCCGCGCGCGCUGUCGACGGCCUCUGGAUCUCCCUGCCCCGUGCAGGCGCUGUCUCCGCAUGUGCAGACCCUGUCGCCGCAUGCUCCGUCUCUAUCUCCGCGCAUCUCGAUCUUGUCGCCUCCUGGUGGGGUACCUGCGGCUCUAGGCGACGCCUGCGGAUCCCCUGCGUUCGCUGGCGUGGAAGAUCCUGACAGCAAGUAAUCAUACCUUGGUUCUCUGGUAUCGAAUAAUUCUAGGCAGCGAUGGACUCGGACGGAUUCGCUCGUGGCUUCUCGAACUCUGGAGUGGACUCUAUGGAACCGGGUCUUCUGUUGUAUAACUGCCUGCACUGUGACUGUGAUGGAUUGUAAUCGACUCAGUAUGGUAUAGACCCCC